UCUUUAAUUUUCGCUUUCUUCAUCAAUUGGUUCUUUCCGUUGGUGUCACUGCCACCCUUUGGAUCUUCCUUUGCUUCCCCAAUAUAUAAUGCAUAGCAUACAUUCACUUCUCUUUACGACUUUACCAAAUAUAUCAUAAACCUUUCUGUCCUUUCUUUAUCUCCUGUAAUUUUUGAUUUUGUUAUGUAAAAACCGGUUUUACUUCUCCAAGAUUUCAUAACCUCCCCUUAGAAGACAUCUUCUUGUUAGGGGGACAUUGAUUUUGUUAUUAUGCAUCAUGUUCAACACAAAGUUCUUGGUAGAUACAUGUUCUGCUUAUUUAUGAGAACGAAGGUUAUAUCUUUCUGGAUUUUAGCUUAAUAUGAGUGGAGUUUUGAUAGAUUUUACAGUAAAAAACAUGGGUUCCUAAAUCCUAACUCCUAAGCAUACCCAAAUAAAAAAAAAUGUCUUGGUUUGAAUACGAAAUCUACAAGAAACAUGGUCUCCUGGAAUCCCAUCAACCCAUAUCAUCUUUUUCACCUCCAUUUAGUGUUACUAUUCAUAAAACAUCAAACCCAUCAUCUUCUCCAGGUGUUAAGAUCAGUCCAGUAAUUCUUAUCAUCAUCAUAAUCUUGGCUGUCUUGUUUUUCAUAUCUGGUUUGCUCCAUUUGUUAGUGAGAUUCUUGACAAAAUACCAUUCUUCAACCUCAAUCACUUCUCUUCGAUCUAACAGAUACCCAUCUACCCCUGAUCAUACACUACAAAGACAGCUUCAACAGCUCUUUCAUUUGCAUGAUUCAGGCCUAGAACAAUCCUUCAUCGACACCUUACCAGUUUUCAUGUACAAGGAAGUUGUAGGUGCUAAUAACUCAUCAUUCGAUUGUGCCGUUUGUUUGUCUGAGUUUUCCGAGAUGGACAAAUUAAGAUUGCUUCCAACUUGCAGUCAUGCUUUUCAUAUAAACUGCAUCGAUACAUGGCUCCUAUCCAAUUCCACUUGUCCUCUUUGCAGAAACACACUUUUUAACCCUGGGUUCUCCAUUGACAACCCGAUUUUUGAAUUUGAUGAAAUGAGGGAAGCAGAUGAAACCGGUUUAGCGUCCGCCGCCGGUUCAAAAACAGUCCAAGAACAUAUCAUCGCUGAAAAAGGGGUUUUUCUGGUGAGGCUUGGUAAGUUCAGGAAAUUGAUCGACGGAGGUGAGGUGGCCGGCGGCGAGACUAGUAGCAGUAAUUUGGAUGCGAGAAGAUGUUAUUCGAUGGGUUCAUAUGAGUACGUCGUCGGUGAUUCGAGCCUCCGGCUGGCUUUAAAUCACAAAAAAGAUAAUCAAGAUGAAAAAAUCACGAUUAGCGAUGAAAGGGAAGGGAAGAAGAUUAACGUUGGGGCAAAAACUGAUAGUUAUUCAGUUUCGAAGAUCUGGUUAUGGUCUAAAAAGGGGAAAUUUGUGGGUUCUUCAGAGAAUCAAAUGCAUAACCCAUCUUCAGUUGAUAUGGAAUUACCUUGGAUGAGCAGAAUUCAAGGUACAUGAAACGAAAUGAGUUCUUGUUAAUUAAUCAUAUUUAUAAUUUAUUACUAGUCUUUUUUAUAGUUUAAUUAUACUCUAAAUGAGAAAAUCCUUAGUGUUUAGUGUGUUUCUUGAAAUUAGACACGAUCUUAAAGAUUCAAACCUUUUGUGUUUCUUGAAAUUCAAUCGGUAUUCGGUUGGGCUUCUUUAAUCGUUGGAGAAUUCGUUAUGUUGGGAA